AGAAUUUUUAUUUUUGAACUUUCAAAGAUUCAUCUUUUCCAGAACCGCCCAUGGCUGUCGGAUAAUCAAUCAUUCAGAAAAACAGCCUGCACCAGCAAAACCCCAUCCAACAAAAAUCAAAAUUUUCUGAAUUCUACUUUUUCGAAUUUCGAUUUCAUUGUUCAUCGUUGCGAAGAGUUCAUAUAAACCUCGUCAGAAUCUAGUGGACAGAGAGGGGAUUGGAUUUGGGUGAAAAUCCAAUCUCAAUCCCUCGCCGCCGGCGGUUUCUCCCCUCCGCCGUCUGAUCCGCGCCGAUCUCCGCUCCAAAAUGAUCACGAUCCCGUAUUUCACCGCAUUGACCACCUUCUUCAGCUACGUCCUCCUCUUCGCCUUUGGCCAACUCCGCGACUUCUUCAGAAAAAUCUUCGAUUGGUGGCAUUCCAGCAAUCUCCAGGGAUUUGCUCCGAUUUGCUUAGGGCUCGAAGAUUUCUACAUUCGCCGAUUGUAUCUUCGGAUUCAGGAUUGUUUUGGGCGUCCAAUUUGUGGUCCUCCCGAUGCUUGGUUUGACGUGGUGGAACGAGUGUCCAAGGACAAUAAUAAAACUCUUAAGUGUACCACAAAAGUUACCAAGUGCCUUAACUUGGGCUCAUAUAAUUAUCUUGGUUUUGCUGCAUCUGAUGAAUAUUGCACUCCUCGCGUAAUUGACUCUUUGAAAAGAUUUUCACCCAGCACUUGUAGUAGCCGUGUUGAUGGAGGCACCCUGUCAUUACACACUGAAUUGGAGGAGUGUGUGGCUAAUUUUGUUGGCAAACCAGCUGCAUUGGUUUUUGGCAUGGGCUAUGUGACAAAUUCAGCUAUUCUUCCUGCCUUGGUUGGAAAGGGAGGCUUGAUAAUUAGUGAUUCUCUAAACCACAAUUCAAUUGUUAAUGGAGCUCGAGGCUCUGGAGCAACUAUUCGUGUAUUCCAGCAUAACACACCUUCCCAUUUGGAGAAGGUUUUGAGAGAACAAAUUGCUGAAGGGAUACCCAGAACACACAGGCCUUGGAAAAAAAUCAUUGUUGUAGUGGAGGGCAUAUACAGCAUGGAAGGCGAACUUUGCAAACUUCCGGAAAUUGUUUCCAUAUGCAAAAAGUACAAGGCAUAUGUUUAUUUGGAUGAGGCUCACAGCAUUGGAGCAGUUGGAAAAACUGGUAGGGGUGUUUGUGAGCUGUUAGGGGUUGACACUGCAGAUGUGGAUAUCAUGAUGGGAACAUUCACAAAAUCAUUUGGAUCAUGUGGCGGUUAUAUAGCAGGAUCCAGGGAACUGAUUCAAUAUUUGAAGUACACAUGCCCUGCCCAUCUAUAUGCAACAUCCGUGUCACCUCCUGCUGCCCAACAAAUAAUUUCUUCCAUAAAAGUUAUUCUUGGAGAAGAUGGCUCUAGUCGAGGAGCUGAAAAACUAACACGUAUACGCGAGAACAGCAAUUUUUUCCGCUCGGAACUACAAAAAAUGGGCUUCGAGGUCUUGGGGGAUAAUGACUCUCCUGUAAUGCCUAUAAUGCUCUAUAAUCCUUCCAAAAUACCUGCAUUCUCACGAGAGUGUCUAAAGCAGAAUGUGGCUGUAGUAACGGUUGCUUUUCCUGCAACUCCCCUACUAUUAGCCAGAGCGCGGAUAUGCAUUUCUGCUUCUCACACGAGGGAAGAUCUUCUCAAAGCAUUGGAGGUUAUCAGCAGAGUCGGCGAUUUGGUUGGUAUCAAAUACUUCCCGGCCGAGCCAAAGAAGCAACAUCUAGAAGAAAACAGAGUAAAGCUAGAGUGAUGUGUUGGUGUUUCUGUUGAAAUGUUAUUGGCUAAGAAGAGUUGGUGUUAGAAGUUGUCAAGUUUUGUGUACAGUUAUAAUUUGUGACAACAGAUGCUGAGUUUUUAUUCAACUCAAAACAUAGUGUGAGAUUUGAGACUGGUCUUUUGUGCCUCGUGUAAAUAAUGGGUAAAAUCAAAUUGACACACCAAAUUUUCCUUUGCUACUUUGUAUGAUGAUUUAGGAAGUAACUUCAUCAAUGGCCAUGGAUCUAACACCAAUGCGAAUGGAAGUUUUCAAAUUUAUUUUAUGAAAAAAGCUAGGGGUACCCU